ACCCUUUCCUGGGAAACGCCCAGUUUUACAAUUCUUCAAUGGACGGAGUGUAUUUGGAUGAGAACGGGGAACUGGCAGCCGACCUGGACAUUGUAAACUGGGUGGUGUUUCCCAAUAAGUCCAUCCUCAGGGUCAAGUUUGGGAGUAUCAAGAGACAGGCGUCCCCAGACGUACAGUUCACCAUUGAUCAGGAUGCCAUUGUGUGGCCCAAAUGGCUCAACCAGACCCUGCCUCCCUCCAGGUGCAUGGAAAGUUGUCGCCCCGGAUUUCUCAAGCUGGUUCCGGAAGGGAAGCCACUCUGCUGCUAUGACUGCAUGCCCUGCACAGGAGGGACCAUCUCCACUCAGGAAGAUGCAGAACAUUGCACCAGCUGCCCAGAAGAUCAACAUCCAAACAAGGCCAGAGAUCAAUGUGUCCACAAGAUUAUCACCUUCCUGGCUUAUGAAGAACCUUUGGGGAUCCUCCUAGCUUCCUUUUCCCUCUUCUUAUUCUUAACUACAGGCGUUGUGUUAGGAAGCUUUAUUAAGUACAAAAAAACUCCCAUAGUCAAAGCCAACAACCGAGACCUCUCCUAUAUCCUCCUCAUCUCCCUCCUGCUUUCCUUUUUGUCCUCCUUCCUCUUCAUCGGACAGCCAAGGAAAGGAACCUGCCUUCUGCAACAAAUGGCCUUCAGUAUCAUCUUCUCAGUUGCCAUCUCUUCUCUGUUGGCAAAAACCAUCACUGUGGUGCUGGCCUUCCUGGCCACAAAGCCAGGGAACAGAGUGAAGAAAUGGCUGGGGAAGAGUCUGGCCUAUUCCAUUGUCAUUUCCUGCUCCAGUGUCCAAGUUGCCAUCUGUACCAUCUGGCUGGGAAUCUCUCCGCCCUUCCCAGAGUCUGACAUGAGCUCCCAGGCUGGAGAGAUCAUCCUGCAAUGCAAUGAAGGGUCUGUUGCCAUGUUUUAUGCUGCCCUUGGCUACAUGGGAUUCCUGGCCUCCAUCUGCUUCACGGUAGCUUUCUUAGCUAGGAAGCUGCCUGGAGCCUUCAAUGAAGCCAAGCUGAUCACCUUCAGCAUGCUAGUCUUCUGCAGUGUUUGGGUCUCCUUUGUGCCCACUUACCUGAGCACAAAGGGGAAAUACAUGGUGGCCGUGCAGAUCUUCUCCAUCUUGGUUUCCAGUGCUGGGCUUCUGGGCUGCAUCUUCUUUCCCAAGUGCUACAUUAUUGUACUAAGGCCAGAUAUGAAUACAAAGGCAUAUUUAACCACAAAAACUAAUUUGGAAACCUGAGACUUCUGAAACUGUUUUCCAGAGGUGUCAUUUAUCAAGUUCAAGGCCAAAACUACUUUUAGUUUCAGGUUAUGUGGGAGGAUUCUCAUUCACAUUUGGUUGGCCACUGUGAGAACAGGAUACCGUAUGAUGAUGGGUCUUAGGACUGAUUUAGCAGAAGGAUUCUCCUUAUCAUAGGAGCCAACUGUGGUGAAUCUAUGUGCCAUCUUCAACUCCUUGAAUUAUUCCAUCAACGGUUCCUCCGAAAAAUUGUACGUAUCACUUGGGA